CCAGGCACACUGCAGCUCGGCGCGGUCUCUCCAGACGCGGCGAGGUAGCUGCAAACUCACGGGCACGCACGGCGCUCGCAGAGCCGAGGGACUCGGGGGAGGGGACGCGCGCAAGGCGCUGGCAGCCACCCUCCGAGCUUGGAGACACCCGGGGCCCAGAACAGGGGAGAGCCCUGGCGGCUGCGGCUUCCCUUUUCUCUCCCAGCUGAGCUCUGGAGAGACUCGGGGACUGGCCCUAAAAAAGAGCAGGAAAUCUUGUUUACCGCCCGGGGAGAGGAGACCAGCGAGCCUUUGUUUGGAAAGUCAGCAUCGCCGGCUCCCGAGGCAAUGUGUUCCUGGUGACAUUAGCCCAGGGUAGACGGGUCGAAGGAAAAGGGAGCUCGCAAGGUUCAGCUUUGCUUUCGGACGAGGAUCGAGAGGGUGACUUUUGUGCAUUUGUUUGAAUUUGUGGAAAUCUUUUUUCCCCUCCCUCUUGCCUCUCUCUUGCCCGCUGCCGGGCAUGUCCUGAUCUGGUGGCCGCGCCUACCAGCCCGGGGCUACCGAUUCGAGCUGUCUCCCUCGGGUCUCCCUCCCCUCAAUCCCUGACUUUGCAAUACCGGGAGGGCUGAUCGCGAGGAAGGAGGCGGGGGAGACACAGACACCGGGACUCGAAGCUUGACAUGUUCCAGGGCGGACCGGAGGCAGCCAGGAGCUGAGCGCACCGCCGGGGCUGCUUCGCUCGCCGGCUCCCAGUGCCCUUGCCUUCCGCUGGGCGCCAACCUUGUUCAUCUGUUGGGACGCCCCCUUCUUCCCCGCGGUCCGUGGCCGGCAGGACCAUGCUGCUGAAGGAGUACCGAAUCUGCAUGCCGCUCACCGUGGACGAGUACAAAAUCGGACAGCUGUAUAUGAUCAGCAAGCACAGUCACGAGCAGAGCGACCGGGGCGAAGGAGUGGAGGUCGUGCAGAACGAGCCCUUCGAGGACCCUCACCACGGCAAUGGGCAGUUCACUGAGAAGCGAGUGUAUCUCAACAGCAAACUGCCUAGCUGGGCUAGAGCUGUUGUUCCCAAAAUAUUUUAUGUGACCGAGAAGGCUUGGAAUUAUUACCCCUAUACAAUCACAGAAUACACAUGUUCCUUCCUGCCGAAAUUCUCCAUCCACAUAGAAACCAAGUACGAAGACAACAAAGGCAGCAACGACAGCAUUUUUGACAGUGAAGCCAAAGACCUGGAAAGGGAAGUGUGCUUUAUCGAUAUUGCCUGUGACGAAAUUCCAGAGCGCUACUACAAAGAGUCUGAGGAUCCUAAACACUUCAAGUCUGAGAAGACAGGCCGGGGGCAGCUGAGAGAAGGCUGGCGGGAUAGCCAUCAACCCAUCAUGUGCUCCUACAAGCUGGUGACCGUCAAGUUCGAGGUGUGGGGCCUUCAGACCCGAGUGGAGCAAUUUGUGCACAAGGUGGUCCGAGACAUCCUGCUGAUUGGACACAGACAGGCCUUUGCGUGGGUCGAUGAGUGGUACGACAUGACAAUGGACGAAGUGCGAGAAUUCGAACGAGCCACUCAGGAAGCCACCAACAAGAAAAUCGGCGUUUUCCCACCUGCCAUUUCGAUCUCCAGCAUUGCCCUGCUGCCUUCAUCAGUGCGCAGCGCCCCGUCCAGCGCCCCGUCCACCCCUCUUUCCACAGAUGCGCCAGAAUUCCUGUCCAUUCCCAAAGACCGGCCCCGGAAAAAAUCUGCUCCAGAGACACUCACACUUCCGGAUCCUGAGAAAAAAACCACCCUGAAUUUACCUGGUGUCCACUUUUCUGAAAAGCCAUGUCGGCCCAAGUCAGAGUAACUUCAUGUGAACAUCCCAUUGGGUUUUGUAUUUUCAUUUGAGGCUUUUUUUUUUUUUUUUAAUUCUCUGAUAGAGGAAAGGACUGCCUCGUCACUCAGAUAUGUCCUUUGAUCUCAGAGUGUGCAUGUGGUUAAAUAUUUUAACAGAUAGCAAGAACCCCUACGUGUGCCAUACAGCAUCAUAGUGAACACGAGAUGUAAGACUAGGAAAAAUAAAGCAGGAGGGUGCUGAGGACAGAACUUAGCCAGGAAAGGGCUGCAAGAGCUUGCAUGAAGCCCUACGUUCCAUUCCCAGCGUGGUUAGCUAGACGAGAGGCUCAGAAGAUCAGGGUUAACCUCAGUUAUAUAAAAAAUUAUAUGAGACCCUGAGUCAAAAACAAUCAAACAAAAACCCCACAGCAUCUAUAGAUUUAUGUGUGGGGGCCCUGGCGAGUCUGACGUGGGCUUCAAUGGUAAACAGGUAAAUGGAUGAAAAGCCGUGAAGCCGGUUUUGUUGUUUUUGUUUUGUUUUGUUUUUAUUUUUGUAAGAUGUGGUAAAAUAAUGAAGUCAAUUUCCUCCCAUCAAACAUGAAAUUCUCUACAACAAAAAAGAAAAUACUCUCAGGUGUCACACGCCUAAUAGUCAAAUUUUGAACUGCUGACCACCAAUACUUGAAUGCCAGCUGUUAUCAAUAUUCCUGUUUUGAUUAGUCUGACUCAGGAUUUGGGGCCUAAUCAACUCCUCAAAUUUUUGAAAAUUUUAAUGACCAAUUUCUAGAGGCUCCAAGUGCAAUUGAACAAUGACUUCUUUAUACCUUUUCAUAGAAUUUAAUAAAGAUCCCAUCUGUUCCCGUCUCUUAGUAAUUUCCCCUUUUGUACCCUGGUGGCCUCUCAAAUUUUUAGACUUGCCUGGAUGACUGUGAUCAUAGCUGAUAGAAUGUGGAAUGAUCUGGAAACUGAGAGCCCCAGGCGAGACAAACACCUCCUCUUCAGGUACCAGUGAAGCUUGACCUUUGACCUGUGAGUGUCCAUCAUCCAUUACAAUUCUCAGAAAUUCCAGUGAACUAAAUAGAAUCCAUUGACAAUCUCCCACUUGAGGAAGUUCAGAGUGGACUGAGUUACCUGGGCUUAACCACUGUCAGAAUGUCUGGUGUCCAAACCUUGCAAAAAAAGAAUCCUCCCCACCCGGUUAAAAGUGCUUAGUAACACCCAGACAUACCUGGAAUGGGUUGUCAAUCACCAGGUUUAGAAAACAUUAUUCUCUUACUUGUUCCUUACAAUCCAAAUAUUGGGGGCUGGGGUGUAGCUCAAUGGUAGAGUUCUUGCCUAGCAUGCAGAAGGCCCUGGGCUCCGUCCCCAACCCUGCGAAAAGGAAACAGUGCAAUUGGCAAUGUCUGGGGGAGCCAGUAAACACAGUCACCUGGGGACCUUGUCUCCAUGAUGGAAUCGCCGAGUCCGAUUCGUACAGAGGCGCGGUCAUAAAUGCCCCCUUUGUCCUGAUCUCAUUGCUGAGAGACGUUGAGAUGGACGUCAGAGUCCAGGCCAACAGCUGGCAAGGUCAAAGUGGCAGGAAGAAAUCUGUCACUGUUGCCCCUCGCUGCCUUUAAACACGUGGGGAAGGCAAGCAGAAUGUCAGCGAUGAACAAGAGGUGGCUGGGGAGCUCCAGAGCCCAUGUCCUAGCUGUUCUUUCUGACUGUGACCUCCAACCUCAGGCAGGGAAAUGACCCCCAACACAGAUCCCAAAGGAAAGAAAACAGACCCAGGAGUGUAUUCUCCUUCCCUGCCCGCUCCCAGCCAAUGGACCCUGCCCGUACCCUGUCUUGAGUGCUCCUCACUCCAGUGUCUCUCGGGGCCACGUCCUCUCCCCAAGGCACAGGUGCUGGCCCCUUGAGCCCAGCACCGGAGUGCUUAGUGUCCCUAGAUCAUUUAUCAGUAGAUGGAUGUUGCGCCCAGUACUCAAAGGAAAACUGCAAAUAGCUCUGUGCACCAGUUUAUCUUUCCCUUAAGGGGACCGUGCCGUAGUAGGAUGCCCUUCCUUGCAUGGUAGAGAAGCAUGAAUCUCUCUUGUGGGAAGUCGCCAUCUUUCCUUGAACCCUUUGGACUUCUCAGCGGCUCCCUCUCUGAGCGGCUGUACUCAGUGAGAAUGUCUGGCUUUAAAAAGCAAAAUUCCCCUUUCAGAAGACACAGAGUAUAUGUAUCUGCUCCCCGUUUGCAAGCUGAAAUCGGGCUGGGGUGGGCUCACUGGUUUUCGUGUAGUACAAAUUGGUUUCGUGCGGUGGUUAGCCCAUCUGGCGCCGAGGUUUUGUGUCAGUACCAUGCCACGUUCCCUUUUUUUUUUUCUAUGCCAGCUUUUGUUGUCAAGGUCAGCAGUCUGGUUCCCUUUGAAAAGCUACUUUCUGAUUCCCUUUUUGUGGGUUUUCUUUCCUUUAUAGUCAGCCCAACACCUUUGACACCAAUUGCGGCGCUAACCUCUGACAGUGUAAUUCUUAACCAGUACGCGUGUGUCCAGCUUUUCUGCCUACGUGUGGUUUGCCUGUGCCACAAAUAAGGAAGGGGUGGGAGUCUGGAUAUUUCAUUAGCUGCUUUGAAUAUUUAAUCCCGCCAUCACAAAGCAUACCCGACUUCGAUAUUUUCUGAAUCUUGAUUUUCCAAGUAUCUUUUCGCUUUGUCCCGACAUGAGUCCACUCCUGUGGGAUAGAAGCCCGCGAUGAAUGUGUACAUAGGACAUGAAUAACUCUUGUGAGGAUGGAAACAAAAUGGCUGCAUGAUGGAAAUUUGGGAAGACAAAAAAAUAUAGCAGAAACUUGAAUUUACUAAGCAUGUUUGAGGGGGAAAUAGAGUCCUUAACUCAGUGCCUCUGUCUGCCAUGUGGAAACCUCCAACUUUGUUCACCAAAACUGUAUUAUACCUGUACAUAUAUAUAUACAUAGACAGAAUGCAGUAUAGUGAGUCCCGCACCACAGUUCUAAGUCUCCGGUAGCCAAAAUGAAGGAAGUAACCCAUAGGAUAAUACAUAUGUUUACCCCCUCUUCAUCUCCGAUGUUGGUGGAUGCUACUAAAAUGGCCAUACAUGUCUUUACUCCAGGUGGUUUUCGGAUAGGCAAUGCCCCUGUGCUCUAGGCGUGGCACAGCACUGCCGCUUUGUCGGGAUCAAGGAGGCUUUGCGGUGUCUUAUUGCAUAAGGUCUGUCUGAAGCCACCCCGGAAGUGCAUUUCCUCUCGAGCUGCAGUCAGAGAACGCAAAAGGAAGAACUGAGAGAGAGAGGAGAAGCUGCAACAUUGUCGGUUGCCACUUUGUUGCUGGGUCUGUUUGUAAAGUCCUCGCAUCCAUGUGGGGAAUUGUUUUAGUUAGAGGUGUGUGUCAGUGUGUUCUGGGGGUGGAAAUAAGUUAGCUCAACUGUGGGUGAAUGGACGCAAACACACAAUGAACACACACACUCAAGCAACGGCUGUCAAAAUGGCUCAGAGGGCCGAAGCACUUGCCACCAAGCCUGACAACCUGAGUUCAAUCCCCAGGUCUCACAUGAAAGAAAAAUAAUUCUCGUAAGUUGUCCUCUAACCGCCACGUACACAGUGGUGUGUACACAAACACACAGAGAGAUAUAAUUUUAAGAAUAAAAUACAAGCCGGGCAGUGGUGGCGCACGCCUUUAAUCCCAGCACUUGGGAGGCAGAGGCAGGUGGAUCUCUGUGAGUUUGAGACCAGCCUGGUCUACAAGAGCUAGUUCCAGGACAGGCUCCAAAACCACAGAGAAACCCUGUCUCGAAAAACAAAACAAACAAACAAAAAAAGAAUAAAAUACAAAACUCUCAAGGAUACCCCUAUAAAAGUAAUUUUGUCGCUUAUUUCCACAGCCUGUAAUGAACUGUAAACUAAGAGACAUCUUGAUAAAAACCCAUUUGAAUGAAAUUUCCAGGCUAAGGUGUUUGAGUGCUUUGAAAUCCCACCUCCUUCAGUAUCUCUGCGCUGCUCAGAGGUGACAGACCCCAGGCUGCCAGCUGGCUUAGGUCGAUGGGAAUUUCCUUUUUGAAAAAGGCCGGCAUCGAGUUGACUAUCCUUUCCGUCUGAGCAGAUAACCCCAGGGAGAGUGGCUCCGUGGGUUUCCGUACGUUCCCCAUGCUUUGCCAGUCACCCGACUAGGUGGCUAGGUGACAGUAGGCCGUCUGAGCCAUAGUUGCAAAGAUGACAAAAUCCUGGCCUGGGCUAUAAAUUGACAUAAAUAAACUACAUUAAGCUCUUCAUUCUUGGUGAGACACCGUCACGUGGUGUUGACACACAGAUGCAAGACAGCUUGAGUUCUCUGUGCGCCACCUUCAAAGCGGUCCGUGUCUGCUGUCUAACUGCUCAAGCUUCGCAGGAUGUCGUGCUGAGAAAGGAUGAAUUCGUGGAGGACGUUAGAGACCGUACCCCUUAACUGCAAGUCCCUGCAGUUAUGCUUGCCAUAAGCCUCCCCGCCUUCUUGUUUUUCAAGUUGAAGUGGUGUCUGUAGAAUUUCAAGUCUCCCUUUAGGUUUCUCUGUGUCCCCCCAAGAAAGAGGAGGUUCUCUUGAGUUGGCGUUAUCCAUGUUGCCAUGUAUGUGUCCUUCCCAGUGUAAUUUCAGUGUUUACAUUUUUGAGCUGAGAUAUCGAUUGGCUGACUUUAUAAAAUACCACUGCCACCGCUGAAGGACCAAGUGUUGGAACCCAGAGAGUUGCCAGCAAGGCGAGCGGAAGGGACGCGCAUCCGUCUGUGUCAUUCUAUGGCUGUACUGUCGUCUAUGCCCGCCCCUGUUAUUUAUUAUUGUUGAUAGCUUACUUUUUCUUACAUUCUGUUGUAAAUAAAGUACAAAGCAAUCUUCUU